AUGCGGAGAUUCAAUCCUAAGUGGUAUGAAGAAUUUGGUUCUUGGUUGGAGUAUAGUGUAUCAACACAUGCUUGUUUUUGCUUGUAUUGUUAUCUAUUUGAUAUAGAGGUUGGAGGUAGUGGUUCGACGCAGGAAGCAUUUGUCGGUGUGGGGUUCAAAAAUUGGCAGAAGAAGGAUAGAAUCAAAGUUCAUGUUGGAGAUCAUAGGAGGGUUAACAAUAAAUGUUAUCAAGCUUGUCAAGAUUUGAUGAAGCAAAAGCAACAUAUUGAUAUUGCCUUUUCAAAUAUUUCUGAACAACAAAGAAUUGAUUAUCAUAUUUGGCUGAAAGCUUCUUUAGAUUGUGCUAGAUACCUAUUACAAAAUGGUCAGCCUUUUCGGGGACAUGAUGAAUCUGAAAGUUCAAAUCAACUAGGUUUAUUUCUUGAAACUCUAAAGUUUUAUACUAAGCCAAAUAAAGAGAUGAGUCAUGUGGUCUUGCAAAAUGCCCCCGAUAAUCACAAAUUGACUUCACCAAAAAUUCAGAAAGAUCUUGCUCAAGCUUGUGCUGAUUUGACUAUUAAAGCAAUAAUUAGUGAUCUCGGCAAUGAUUACUUUUCCUUGCUAGUUGAUGAAGCUCGUGAUAUUGCAAUUAAAGAACAAAUGGCAAUUGUUCUUCGGUAUGUAAACAAAAAAGAUACUACUGCACAAUCACUAAAAGCAGCGAUUGAUGGGCUAUUUUCUAAACUUGGUUUAAGUUUGUCUAAAUGUCGCGAUCAAGGAUAUGAUGGUGCUAGUAAUAUGCGGGAUGAAUUCAAAGGGCUUAAGAGUUUGAUUUUGGCAGACAACGAAUCUGCAUUCUACAUUCAUUGUUUUGCUCAUCAGUUACAAUUGGCACUUGUGAAGGUUGCAAAACAUCACAAAAAGAUUCAAGAAUUUUUUGACAUGCUUCAAAAGAUGGCUACCAUUGUGGGGGAUUCAUGCAAGCGGAAGGAAAUUCUUCAAAUGAAUCAAUACAAGCAAAUAGUUGAAAGAAUUGCUCGUGGUGAAAUACCAACUGGAAAAGGUUUAAAUCAAGAGACAACCUUAAAGCGACCUGGAGACACUAGUUGGGGUUCCCAUUUUGGUACAGUUACAAGUGUUAUCUCAUUAUUUUGUCCAAUAAUUUUGUUGAUGAAAAUUAUUAAAGACGAGCCUAAGAAUGAUGCUGCAAGAACUGAUGCAGGUUGCAUUUUGUAUGCCAUGGAGGAUUUUGAGUGUGCAUUCUUGUUGCAUCUUAUGCAACUUAUCUUGGGAAUUUCUUAUGAGUUUUCACAAGCACUACAAAGAAAAGAUCAAGACCUUUUAAAUGCAAUUGGUUUAGUGAGGGUAGUCAAAUCUCGCUUACAAGAGGUGAGAGAUAAUGGUUUUGAUGAAUUGCUUCAAGAAACGAGCAUUUUUGCAAAUAAAUAUGAUAUUGACAUUCCAAAUAUUGAGGAUGUUUAUUGUCCUAAAGGGAGAUCAAGACGAAGAUUGGAAUCAUUCACGUUCAUGCACUACUUUAAGGUGGAGUUAUUUAAUAGAGUGAUAGAUACUCAGGUUCAAGAGUUAGGUGAUCGAUUUGAUAAUGUCAAUACCAAGUUGCUUGAGUGUUUGAGUUGUCUUGAUCCUCGUGAUUCCUUUGCUAAUUUUAACAAAGAAAAGUUGAUUGAGUUUGCUAGAUUUUAUCCUAUGGAGUUUAAUGAGCUUGCAGAUAUUCCUUUUUUUUUCUUCAAGUCUCAAAUUUCUGACCUUGCUUUGAAGUUGGUUGAGAAGAUAAAGGAUAUUGUUUAUCCAUUAGUCUAUUUGUUGAUAAAGUUGGCACUCAUUCUACCGAUAGCAAUUGCUAGUGUUAAGCGAGUUUUUUCUGCAAUGACUUUUGUUAAGGAUAAGUUGCGUAAUCGGAUAAGUGAUGAUUGGUUUAACGCAUGCAUGCUAACUUAUGUUGAACGUGAUAUAUUUGAUAAGAUUGAUGAUGAAGAUAUAAUGCAAUAUUUUCAAAGAAUGAAAAAACGAAGAAUGGUUUUGUAA